CCCUUCCAAUUCUGUGAUUCUAUGACUAGCAUUCUAAACUGUCAGGUUUGGUUGGCUCUGAUCUGGAUUCCUAAUAUGCUUUAGGCCUGAUUUUUUUUUUUUUUUUUUUUUUUAAGGAAUCUUCACUAGAAAUGUGAACAGUUAACCAGUGAGCAUCACCUUGCCUGGUGAUGCUUCCAGGUUACAUACAGUUAAUCAGUGGGGGCUGAAGCAACCCCCCCAUCCACCAUAGGAAGGGGGCAGCUUCAGCCUGGUGGGGUCUGCUGGAGCAGCCCCUGCCCACAGUGGCUCUGGCCUGCUAUGUCAGAAAGAGGGGCGCUCCAGCUCAGCCAGUGUAGCUCCCUUCUCUCCACCUGCCCCCAUUUUCCCAGUUAACUGGUAGGUGUUUUACCAGUUAAACAUACCAUUUAAUGGUUAACUGUUUAUCUGUGAUUUUACAUCCCUAAUCUUCCCCCAUCUCCCCUUUACGUGAGCGCAGUUUUGUGCAGUAAUUUGACACCAAUGAGGAAAUAUACUUGUUACUAUAUUUCCUGGUUAUAAUUUGGGUGAUGCGGGUGAGUUUUAUCAGUAGGCUUAGUUUUUGCUCUGGCGAGUAAGGUGUUAUGCUUACUUGAAGAAGGGUGCCCAGAGGGGAAUUUCCCAGAACGCUUUACAGUCCAGUAUUACAGUAGUUAAACAAAGGGUAGGGCAUGCCCAGAAGCCAAAGUGAUCUCAGUAGUGCAUAGUUAAUAUCCAAUAGGGUUGCCUCUCUACUUCCUGGUCUUGGAUUUCUUUUUUUACAGGAGCGGGACACAGGCUGCUUUAAAAACAAAAGGGGCUGAAUUAGAGAGAUGAACACAAGAAGAGGAAAAUGUAGGAAAAUUCUCCACUCAGGAAGCAAAAGCUUUGUACCACUCCAGGGGCCUCCUUCUGGUCGGUGUAUAAAUACGCCUGCACUCUAGUGCAUCUGAACAUCCAGACAAGCAAAUCAUCUCUCUCCCAGGAAGCCAGUUCUUUCAUUGCCCUCCCCUUUUUAAUAUUAAAGAAGGCUUCUGGAUUGGCCAAAGUGUCGAAUCCCUGGUCAGAACUUUGGGACAGCCCGUGACGAUGAAGUUUGCAAAUGACACAACAAUGGGGAGAGGGUUAAUAAUGGUGAGGACAACCGGUCAGUGACACAGUGAUCAGCAACCCUUGGUAACCUGCAUGCAAGCGAGUACACACUUUAAUACAACUAAAUGUGUCUGUUGAGGAAGAACAAAUGAAGGCUGUAUUUACAGAAAGGGGGACUUUCUCCUGGGGAGCAGCAACUAUGAAAUAGAUUUGGGAGUGUGCAGAUAAUUAGCUAAACAUAAGCUCCUGGUGCAACGCUGCAGCCAAAAAAGGAUUCAUGUGAUCCCUGGGUGUAUAAAGGGGAAACUCAAAUAGGAGCAGAGAAGUAAUUUUACCUUUGUAUUUGGCGCUUGUUAAAAUACUGUCCAAGUCUGGUGCCCGCACUUCAAGAAGGGAGUUGACAGAGGAAUCAGUGAAGGGUCACACAAUUAGAACAUGUGCCCUUGUGAGCGAGCUCCUUGAGUGCAUCUCUUUAGCGCAGAAGAUUAGGGAUGACCUGAUUACCGUAUCUACACCAACACGGCUGCAUCUCUAUCAUCAUUCUAUGUGCAGCAUUCAAACCUCACUCCUGUUGCCUUCCCUCUUGACGGAUCCCAGGGUGCUCCAGAAAACCUGUAUCAUGUGGCACUGCUGAAAUGCAGCUGCUUCCGGAGUGGAGAGACAAGAAGCCGCAGCAAAAAGCAUCGUGAAAGCUUAUUUGGUUCCCCUCGAAGCUGCAUUAGAAAUUACAGCCAUGAGCCCUCGAGACUGAGAGCACUGUGCUGACCAUUGUGUCUCCAUGUCCUCAGCUCCAACACAAAAUAUGUCCUGCGCUGACAUCCUAUCAAACCCUUUGAAGUGUGGCCUUUGACCUCCUUUCCUUAGAACAAAGUAGAGGAAUUUCUUCUGCAAGAGGGCGACUUUCGUCACUAUCGUAGCUGGAAAUGGUGUUUCUAAAUAUGUCCCCUGCCCCUUGCAUAACCUCUGACAAAUGGACAGAGAAAGCACAACCCUUGGUAAAAUGCGUGGGCUGCUCCCAAAGGGAUGAUGAGCCUGUUGCAAUAGGCUGCUUGUUGAACAGGAGCCCUUAAGAUAUGUUUUAGCAUCUAGGUGCAUUGAUUUCCCAUCCCCACUGGACUUGGUUUCUGAAUCCAGGGAACAUAAAAGGAGUUAGCUCUGUUGCCACCUUUCCAUUAUGAUGUACUUGCAGCUCAUUCAGGUGGGAGCUUCUCAGGGGGCUGGUUAGAAGAUAUGUCUCCCUCAUCCUCUUGAAUCUUUCAUUUCCUUCCCCUAAUAUUUCAGUGAGAAGUGUGACUUUGAUCCAACAAUCUCGUAGCACUUAAAUGUUAUUGACCCCUCACAUACCCCUUCCAAGGAAGGGUCAGGCAGUACCACCAUUUAUCAGAUGAGAGCCGAGGCAGGGAGAAUGUAUUUGCUCUAUUUUAGGUGAGUUCUUAUACCACCCUCCUCUUUUGCACCUGAGCACCUUCCACAUGUGCUUGAAGCACGUUGGUCGCAAAUGGUUGGUUCUUUCUCACAGCCUCUCCCAAAGGGUGAGUUGAGUGUGCCGUGGACAGGGAGGAUAAAUAUGUAUCAUUUAAAAAGAUCAGAUGUCUGUAUUUUUUAAUUUAGAUAGACUUUUCUUUUGAAACAAUAACCCCAUUCAGAUUUGAACUUGACAACCUGUUUAAGGGCCAGACUCUCUACAUUUGUUCCGAUUUUUAAUUCUGUACAGAAAAUGUUUAGCAGCAUGCUUGCUUUCAUGCUUUAAGGAAAUUCUGACCGCUGAACAAAUGGAAGUUAGUGGCUAAGGGUUCGUCGACGUGCAAAACCAGCUUUUGGCAGCAGUAUUUUCUUCUGCAGGGGCAGAGAAUAUAUUUUCUUCAAUUUAUUCUGCUACUUCUAUGACUAAUUCUUUCAUAGCUGAGACACUGAUUAGGAGCUGACGAAGCAGGAAAGCUUGUUUUCUUACGUGUGAGAGGAUGAGAUCUACUAGUUUUAAAAUCUUGAAAGACAUGGUGACCAGAACAACCAGAUUGAUUCAUUGAUUAAUUAAUUACUCAUAAUAUUUCCUUUUGUUUGUUAAAUCAGUUAGUUUUAAAUGCCAUCCAUGUGUGAAUACACUUUUUUAUGUACUUAGCCUAUAGUUUUCUGGCAGUUGUGCUUAAUAAAAAGUUACAAAUGCUGCAUUGUAAUGGAAUUUUAAUUUCCAUCCAAACCGAGCAGGACACAACUCUCAUGUAAAAAAGCAAUCCUCUAGUAAAUAAGGAAAGCAUCAUUCAUCAUUUUUAACAUGAAAAAUAAGAAUCUGACUAAAUGCAAGGUAAGCGAUAGAGUUGCUUACGUCAAUAUUUAGAGAUGUGUUGUCCUGACUAACAAAAAACAAGCCCAGAAGUUAGAGCAAAGGCCCUAGUUAGCUGCAAAUCAAGGUGUGUUAGUAGUUACUGGGAUGGUGCAUGUGGUGUCCAGGACUGAAAGUCACAUUCUUACCCCCUGAAUCCAGCAAGAGAUACACUUGUUGGGGUGUCAGGUCCCUCGCACCACCUGCCACUCAGGCACCUGUCUCUGGACUACACCAGCUCUGUUUUUGCCUUGUAAGUUAACAAGAGGGGCACCCCAGUCUUUGAGUCCCUUUUUAAGGUGUCCGCUGCGACAUCCAGCCCCGGUCACUGACUGCUCCGCAAAAUCCCAGAUCCUCUGCCUCCAAAGGAGCAGUGUGCCCUGGUUUGCUAGUUUUCCUUUCAGUCCCUUUCUCUGUGUGACAUGCACCACUUGUUACAACGUGAGAGUAGGUUAAUGUAAGAAAGGGUGGAGAUUCCACUAGAAAUGAUCAGGAGGGAAACGAAUAGAAAAACAAAAUCAUAAGAGGCAAAUGAGGCCUUGUGCUUAAUUAUUCUCUUUCCUCUCUAAUAAAGGAGCUCCCCCCGCCACAGAGGUUCAGACUAUUCUAGAGCUGGCUAGCUUCACAGCAGCCAGGAUCCAAAGGUUCAAGAAGCACCGCAAGGGGCCCUCUCAGUGAAUGGAUACCAAAGUGCUUCUCCCCGCUCGGUUAUGCUGAAAGGAUUGUAGCUAGUUACCUUGGAGAAUUAGGCAAUCGUGUUAUCUGCUGGUGUGGUUAUCCCAGUAUAAUCAGUAUCUAAUGGAUAGAUUUAAAUUUAGGAAUAUGGGUAUUAGAGGGGUCUAACAUGUAUUGGUAAAAAUGUGCUAGUUAUAUCAGUAAGAUGAGCCUGUAACGCAGGGUUUAGAUACGCAGGUUGGUCAUAGAAAGCCUCAGGCCUAAAGCAGGUUGUCGUGACUAGCUGACUGAGAUAACCCGUAUCAGUACCGUGUAAGCUUACAGUAAGAGAUGUGUUAAGUACUGAUGUUCUGGAAACGAUGCAGCAAUCGAAUGGAAAAUAUGUUGCAAGGUGCCUGAUAGCAACUUAAGGUCAUGAUAGAAUCCCUCAGAAUGCUCCUAGGGUAACUCAUGGACCUAGACGUUAAUGAGAAUAAGGGGAGAGCCCGGGGGAACUGGGUAGAGAUGUUAAAAAGUGUUUUUUUUAAAAUGUGUAGCUGCUGAAAUGUUCAGAGGUUCCACGUUUACACGCGGGUGGGAGGAGGCUGCUCUGCAGGAGCUGGUGAAUGCGGGGAGCCGGCUUUUAAGCCAGCUUCCCACAAGCACCAGCUCUCGCAGAGACACCUGUUCCCCACUACCCCGUCCCUCCUCCCCACACUGCUGCCUCUGUAUCAGAGGCAGGAGUGCAGUGGGGAGGGGCAGGCAGUUCCCCAGGAGCUGGUGCUCCUGGGAAGCCUGCUUAAAAAACAGCUCCCUGUGGGUCUCUCCUGCCCUCCACUCCCCCCCUCCUGCACUACUCUAUGGGGGAGGGGGGGUAGCCUUGCAUGUAACUGGAUAAACCAGGGGUGGCAAAAGAGCCUCUAUGGGCUGGAUCCGGCCCGCCAAGUAGGUUGAUCUGGCUCAUGGCCACCCUGCCGCUCCUCCGUCCCCAGGCCAAUCAAGACCUGAGGAUGGGGGAAGCACGUGAAGUCUCCUCCCCCUUCCAGGGUGCACAGUGCUUAGAGUGAACUGCUGGCUGUGCUGACCAGCUGGCGGUUCACUGUAAGCACUGCGUGCCCUUGCAGGGCAGGGAUAGGCGGCAAGAGACUUCUCGCACCCCCACGUCCCCGGGCCCUGGGGCUAGGGGGAGCACACAAAGUCUUCUCCCACCCUUUGGAACAGCUGGCGGUUCUCUCUAGGCACCGGGAGAGGGGCCAAGAGUUCAUGCACUCUUCCUGCCCCCAGGCCAAUCAGGGUCUGUGGGUGGGGGAACUCGGAAGUGUCCUGGCUCCACCCCUUUUCCCUGAGGCCCUGCCCCAUCCAGGGCAGCCCCACUUAAAAAAUGUGAGACGUGGCCCCCCCUUCUAAAAUUAUUGCCCACCCUAUCACAUCCCUAGAACGGGGCACCCCUAGCCAUCCCAGACUGCAAUUUCUUGCAGUGCUUUCACCUAGCCGAGAGGCUGGUGGGGGACAAACCAGUUUAUAUGCUAGAACAGCUAUCACAGGGAAUUCUGUGUUGGCCUGAUUUGACCAGUAACACCAGAUCGGGGAGCAGAGUGGCUGACACACGGUAACCCAUCCCAGCACUGAGUGUCCUUUCUGGGGGGAGGAAGGGGGAGGGGAAAGGAGGGAUCCUCAAGGCCCUUAUAAAGAGUUGCUAAGUGGCUAGCCCCACCACUGCAAUCCAGCUGUGCCUGGAGGGCACGGGGAACUGCUCCCGUGGUGAGCAGCACGGCAGGAGACACACACGUGCAUUCUGAAGGCGGCAAACCUUUGAGUGGGAUUCAGACAGCCACAGAGAAAUUCACUAUUCCCUGCCACAGCUGAUGGAGUUAGAGGAAAUCAGAUACAUUCCCAGCGUUCUCUGCCAGAUGCUGGCAAAACCUCUCCUCCCAGCCUACAGGAAAGGUUCCCUUUCCUACCCUUGGCCCUCGUUAACAAUACGCUUUUAGUCAGCUCCAGGGUUGUUUCUUUCUUUUUCUUUGCUGUUCAGAAGGGCUCCUCUCUGGAGUCACAACAGUCUAAAACGGUUCCUUUGUUCUCCUUAGGCAGCUGGGUUUUUCAUUACGGGUGCUGAUGUGGCCUGUCUGAGCACCGACAACUCCCAAGAGCUGCAGAGGGCCAGGUGUGACCCAGAAGGCGAUGCUGGACUGGAAUUCAGCUGCCCUAGCGAGCACAUUCCAGAAGUACAUGAUGGCCGUGUCCUGGUCCGAUCGAAACAACGUUCUCAUCUACAGGACUUUUGAAGAGUUUAAGAAAUUCCAUAAAGUACUGAAGAGAAAAUUCCCCAUCGAAGGCGGCUUACUGAAGAAAUCUGACCGGAGCAUUCCGAAGUUUAAAGAUGCAAAACUGAUGCAGAGAAAGAACAGGAAUUCGAGCAGGUCGCUGGAGAGAUUGAAACUGCUGGAGACUUACUCCCAGGAACUGCUGAAAACAGAUGCAAAAAUCUCGCAGGGCGAAGAUGUGAUCCAGUUUUUCAAAGCGCAAACCCAAGACUUAGACCCUUCUUUUUCAGAAAACAGCAUUAUAAUUAUGCCGUCAGAACUGGGCGAUGGAAAGAAAGAACAGCCCAAGCAGCAGACCCCCUCUAUUACUCAGCCAGUGGUCUCCCAAAGCUACCGCUGCAUUGAAGACUACGAAACCAAAGACACCAAGAACAGACCCUUCAGCGUUGUCAAGGAGGAGGUUGUCGAAGUGUUAAUCAAGGAUGUGACAGGGUGGUGGCUGGUGGAGAACAAGGACCAGCAAAUCGCCUGGUUCCCAGCUCCGUACCUGCAGGAGGGCGGCACAGGGGAGGAGAGUCCGCAGGCCAGAGAACUGGACGAGGAGGGCAGCCUGUAUUACGCCGUGCGGGCCUACGAGGCUCAGAAGGCGGACGAGCUCUCUGUGAACGUCGGGGUGGUGGUGGAGGUGCUGGAGACGUCUGACAACGGCUGGUGGCGGAUCGGGUACAAUGAGCGCACUGGCUACAUCCCCUCCAUGUUCCUCCAGCCGUACAGGAACCCGCACAGCAAGUUCCAAAUGAUUGUGAACGCCGGCCUCUGCGUCUCCACCCCGAACCUGCUGCAGGCGGCCGGCCCCGCCCACGGGAGCUCCCCGCCCCCGCGCAAGACGCAGGCCGGGGCUGCGCCUCAGACAUGCGUGGCCAGCGAGAGGCCCGCCAAGAGCAGGGAGCCUUUGAGCAGGAGGAGAUCGAGCUCUCUGAGCAGCCCGCUGCCUGGGACGGAGAGCGGAGCCUGCUCCAGCCUCGCGUGGGAGCUGGACAGUUCGUCCGUUAGUUCGGGGAGCGAACGCGGCUUCAAGCAGGCGUGGAAGCCGGGCUCCUCGGGGUCUCUGCCUGGAGCCAACCAGGCUGGAGCUGGCUCCCUGCAGGCCAGUGAAGGCAGCAAAGCUCCUCGGCUCACCAGCAAAGACAGGAACGAUUCUGGCUUUGAGGAGUCUCCAAGCGGCUCCGAUUCUUUCCUUCCCAGCCCCGAUGCCGCGGCCAGCGUCCCCAAGGUGCCCGCGCGGCCCGCGGUCCACGAAAUCCUCCAGAAAUGCAGCACCGUGACCAAGAGAGUCGUGCAAAGGGCCGUGCUCAGGCCCAGCCUGCACGAGUCCUCCCCUUCCCUCCGCCCUGCAGGGAAAACGGGCGCCCAGCCGCCAGAGGCUCUAGCACACGCCCCCCUCCGGUGAGACCCAAUGUCGCCCUGAGCCGGAGCGGCUGCUGUUCCUAACCUUCGCCUCGCUCAGCCAGAGCGGGCGGCGGGCAGAGGGUCAGCGCUUGGGCCUGUCGCGUGCGGAGGUGACGGGCUCCAUCCAAGAUGCAGCGUUCGUAGGGUUAUGGGCACAGCCUUGGACCCUGGGGCAUUUCCUCAGCGGCUGUGGCUUGGCAGAGCUCCCUGGGCGACCGAGAGACUUCCUUAUGGGAAUGAGUAACCAGGACCCGCUUGGAUACACCGCUAAGGCUUUGCAGCAGCUCGACGAAUUCCCGUUUCCUUUGCCUGGGGAGAAAGCUGCGGGCACGAUGCCAACGUCUGUAAGCAGGCAGGGAAAUAAAGGCCACGAAGCACCAACUUCCUCUUUCGCGGCUCUCUAGGGAUUGUAUCUGCCUCCCCAGGGCCCCAGCUACUCUCCCCACGUAGUGAUAUGCAGAUCUCCCUCACCACGCCCGCGCUGUUCCAGCCCCCCAGCUAGGCCUGUCUCUGGUCUCUCCUGUCGCAUCUCCUGCUGUUCCGGUCAGCUCAGCACAGCACCGCCAGCGCUGAACUGCCCCUGUCCCUUGCGCCUUUCCCCAGUCCUGUUGGCAUUUCCACCUAGGCCCAAAGCGAGGUGUUCGUCGGGACUCCGCCUCCCUCUAGCUGCACACGGCCAGGCGGCAGGUGGGGUCCAAACAUCACCAGCGCCGCGAGCCAGGUUGAAACUCCCCUCUCCUUGGGCUAAUCCCCGUAAUGAAAUAGGCCCUGCUGGGUGAGGCUGGGAGCAGGAACCACUCCUCAGCCCAGCCCCUCUGCUGCCUAGGGCCUGCCCCCCAGCCCUCAUCUUCCAAUUCCAGCCUCUGAGCAGCGAAGUGAGACCUGUCUGACCCAUGGUGCUGUCCGCUGGGAAAGCCUGAGGGGGCAGGGAAUGGCCCCAGCUUGUCAAUUCAGUGACUGCAGCCUGCCAGGCAAGCUGGUCCAGUGCUCCUUACCGGACCGGCUCAUCCAGUCAGCCCACCCCAGCACAGGCCCUGAACACUCGGCCACCAGUGUCCCUGAGAAACGAGCUGCCCGAGGCAGGCCGCCAGGGUGAAAGGGGCUGGCUCAGUGCAGCUCGGGCAGCAGGCGGCCUCGGCGGCGCUUUUCCUCCUCCCAGCAUGUUUUCCCUGCUCGGGAACGUGCUGGUCGCAGCUUGCUCACGUCAAACACGCACGUGGGAAAGAGGCAGCCGGGCCCUUUCCAUGCACCCUAGUAGGUGCGUGGACGUGGAGGCAGGGCACCCUAGGAUAUAUGCGCAAGAGGUGGGAGGGCUGCGCUUUAAGCUGGGAAGUGUAGACAAAGCCAGCGUCUUCCAUCAGCUGGAGAAGGAACGAGGCUCCUGCCUCUAGAAAGCUAACAGGCUUUAUGCCAAUGCCGGGGCCGAGGGUCUCCGCUCGAGAGCUGCGGGGGAGUUAUCCAAACGGAAGGGGCCUACACUGGGCUGCCCCGCUCCUGUUUUAAAACAGGCCAAAAGGACGCUGGCUGGCAGCAUGCGACAUCACGCAGGGACAGGUAACUGCUGCACACACAGGGCACCGCUCAGAGAAGGGUGUUAACGCAGUGACUCGGACUCACGCCUGGGUUUCUUGUGCAGGGUAGAGGAUAGAGAAUGAUGGGGCUUAGAGUCGAAGUGUGGACGAGUGCUGCAGCAGCUGAGACGCUGGUUAAAAGGAGAACCUGUUUUGUUUUCAACAGAGGAUUUACCACUAUUCAGCCCAGCCGCCCCUCCCGUUUCAUACUGCAGGGGUGCACCUAUUGACUGACAGGAUCAUUGCAGGAUAGAAGCAAAGCACCAGAGAGACGAGAGACAGUCCCUGCUGCUGGUUUGCUGUCAGGCUCUCGAGCCUGUGUCUCCUGAAACAUAGACCAGUCUACUGUACUCCUAAUUAUCUUGCAAAACUGUGUCAAGAUGUAAAAAGCUACACAAGUGCUGAGCAGCAGGGUUUGUUCCCUCAGCACAGGUCUGAAGACCAAGGCUAGGCUGAAAAUACUUCUGAACAAUGUCCCCUCAUCUUUUCCAUCCAUGUGCAGAAUAAAUGUGUUUAUGUGCAUCAAGAUGUGUGAAUGUGCACCACCCGCACACACAAAAAACCUAGCUCCUGAAGUGGCAGGGAGCUUGCCUUCAACAGCUCCUUGUUCUACAAAGGCUUUCUGAGCUGUAGCUCUCUUUUCCUAAUUUCAUUUGCAUUUUCAAACAUCCCGGGCUUAUGAAAUGCCAACAACCCAGCUUAGAACAACAGUGCAGGGCUGCAAGACACCGAUCAGAGCACGAGAAUAACAUGACUGGUGCUCAGGAGCGGCACAAGCAGCAUAGCAAGUGAUGUUGAUACACGCAGGGGGUCUCUGUGUAGUAAAGUAUUAAAGCCCCAAUUCAGAAAACUGUUAGGCACGUGCACGUCCCCCCUAUGAAUAGCAAAGAUGAUGCCUGUUCAUGGAGCGACCACUCCUGUUUCAGGGUAGUGAUCAUUUGGCCAGCCACAGGACGGGGCAGAAGGCUCAGCCUAAGCCCAGCAGCUGUUCCAUCAGCCAUGCAGGGGGGUCCCCACCUUCGAUGCAUUGCAGCCUCUGAAAGACUCGAACCGACCCAUUCAAGUUAACCAGGCUCCCGUCCCCAAUGGAUUAAGCAAGGCCCCCAAAAGGCCUGUUUUCCAGCCGUUCUCUGGAGCAUGAGCCUCGCUGGACUCACCCCACAAAGCUUGGGAGAUUGUGAACUACCAACACAUCUGGAGGUGGGAGCAGCUUUCACAGAAACAUAACCAGUCAAGGAGACGACAGCUUGCAGGCGGGGGCACAGCUCCUGGGACCGGUGCCAUGGGGUGCUCUGGCAGCGAUUUAAAGGAGGUAGUGGCACCUGGGCAUGUAUGAAUUACAGCCCUGGGGCAACCGGCCUUUCCUCCCCUUCAUCUACAGGGCUGCGUGUUCUGUUUGCGGCAUGCUCCUUUCUGAUAGCUGCACCGCGCACUGGUAGCUGACGGCGGCAGAGGAUUAGGUAAACCUGCUUCCCAGCUCUAUUGCUGGACAACUGGAGGGGAUGGUCACAAAAGACGGUGAGGUUCAAGGCAAGAUUUCCCACUUAAUUUCUGCCCUCUCUCUCCCUUUUGCACCACAGAUGCAAAUUGUGUGAAGCACUCUCACCCCUCUGUUCUCAAGGCACUUGACACAGGCUGGCUGAGUAGUACUAGCCCCAUUUUACAGACUGAGGAAACUGAGGCCCAAAGAGGCAAAGAGCUGGGGAUAGACCUCAGGCCCCUUGGCUUGGCCCUAAAACACAACGAUAAAUGGCAACUCCCUUUCCCCUACAAUUUGGCGGUACUCAGCAGGUUUCGUAGGGAUGACUUUCAGCCAUUUCAGGGGCUCAGUGCUUGAAAACACGUUGACACAGAAGAGUUCUCGGCCCAGCAAAACUGAUCAGCAGAGUCACCUCAAGAGGGGAGAGAGCAGAAGAUUCAGAUAAUCUCCUGCUGAUUUUCUAUAC